GGCAUGGCAUCGAACGCAAUUACGCAAUAAUGUGAUUACGAGCGGAUGAAGGCAAGCCCUAGAUCGGACGGCUUGUAUAAAGCCUUUGAUUCUUCUCUUGACGCAUGCUCACUCCUCUCACCUGCGGCGCGAUUCCUUCUUCUUCAGUGAUCCCAAUAUGCCGUUCAAGCGAUAUGUGGAGAUCGGCAGGGUUGCCCUCGUGAACUAUGGGAAGGAAUAUGGAAGGCUCGUCGUCAUCGUCGACGUUAUCGACCAGAACAGGGCUUUGGUUGAUGCUCCUGAUAUGAUUCGUGGCCAAAUUAACUUCAAAAGGCUCUCUCUUACUGAUAUAAAGAUUGACAUACCACGAGUCCCUAAGAAGAAGACCCUCAUUCAAGCUAUGGAGGCUGCUGAUGUUAAGAACAAGUGGGAAAACAGCUCAUGGGGCAGGAAGCUUAUUGUGCAGAAGAGCAGAGCUGCCCUAAAUGACUUUGACAGGUUCAAGGUCAUGGUGGCCAAGAUUAAGAGAGGACGUGCCAUAAGGCAAGAAUUGGCCAAACUUAAGAAGGAAAAUGCAGCUUGAGCUCGGAUUAACCUGUGAAAUUUGUUCUUGUUUCUGAUUCUGUACCGGUGUUAGUUGUCUUGUCGAGAGUUGCUAGUCGAAGUUAUUGAUUUCUUUUCCUUGUUCAGAACUUGGAUUUCUUCAAAUAUUCUGAAUUAAGAUUUUACAGUCUCUAGGGGCGACGAUCCCCUUGAAUAUUUA